UCUCAUAACGAAGAAGUGCAUUAAUUAAAAAAAAUUUAAAAAUAAAAACAUUAUCUAACGGUUAUGCAAUGACUCAAUGAGAGACGUGGACGGGAAGCGCCCAACACCGCAGUCCAGCCCUAUAUAAAUAAGGGCGUUUCUGGUGCCACUCUUUCAUACGAGUAAAUCAUAAUUCAAACAUCAAACCUUCACACUCUUCUCUUUCUCUCUCCUCCGAAAACAGGGGAAGUGAUUAUAAUAAAUACUACUUCGUAUAUUGUAGAAUUGAAGAAGCUAAGAAAUGGCUUUACCUGGCAUAGCUAGUAAAAAAGCGGGUUCGAAUAUGGAUAUGGAAAUGGGUAAAGAUAUUGUUUCUGACGCUUGGGAUUAUAAAGGUCACCCUGCUCACAGAUCCAACACUGGUGGCUGGAAGAGUGCUGCCAUGAUCUUAGGAGGAGAGGCAUGUGAAAGGUUGACGACACUUGGGAUAGCGGUAAAUUUGGUGACAUAUCUGACGGGAGUGAUGCAUUUGGGCAAUGCUGCAUCUGCUAAUACUGUCACUAAUUUUAUGGGCACUUCUUUCAUGCUCUGCCUCCUUGGCGGUUUUAUUGCUGACACUUUUCUUGGACGGUAUCUAACCAUUGCUAUCUUCGCCACAGUUCAAGCAUUGGGUGUGACAGUGUUGACCAUAUCAACCAUAGUCCCAAGCCUCCGUCCACCGGCCUGCAAAGAGGGUUCGGACACAUGCACUCCGGCCUCAGACAUGCAACUAGGGGUACUCUACCUAGCACUAUACCUAACGGCGCUAGGGACGGGCGGUGUGAAGGCAAGCGUGUCGGGAUUCGGGACGGACCAAUUUGAUGAGACGAACAAGGGGGAAAAGAAACAAAUGAUAAAGUUCUUUAAUUGGUUCUUUUUCUUCAUAAGUUUAGGGUCACUAGCAGCAGUGACAGUAUUGGUGUACAUCCAAGACAACAUGGGAAGACAGUGGGGGUAUGGUAUAUGUGCAUGCUGUAUUAUGCUGGCUCUAGUAGUGUUUCUAUGUGGUACUAGACGGUACCGCUUUAAGAAACUUGUGGGCAGUCCCUUGACUCAAAUUGCUGCUGUUUUUGUCGCUGCUUGGAAGAAGAGGCAUAUGGAGUUGCCUUCUGAUUCAUCCCUUCUCUUCAAUAUUGAUGAUUUGGCUGAUGGAGGCAAACAUAAGAAGCAAAAAUUGCCUCACAGCAAACAAUUCAGGUUUUUGGAUAAGGCAGCAAUCAAAGAUCCUAAUAUGCCAGCAGUUGUUACAAAGGUGAACAAAUGGUACUUGCCGACUUCAACUGAUGUAGAGGAAGUGAAAUUGGUGCUAAAGAUGCUUCCCAUUUGGGCCACGACCAUAAUUUUCUGGACCAUUUAUGCCCAAAUGAGUACUUUCUCCGUCUCACAAGCCACCACCAUGGACCGUCACAUUGGUAAAUCAUUCCAAAUCCCGGCUGCUUCCCUCACGGUUUUCUUUGUGGGUAGUAUCCUCAUCACCGUGCCAAUAUACGACCGUGUGGUUGUACCAAUAGCCUCUAGAGUCCUUCAUAAUCCUCAAGGUCUUACUCCACUUCAGAGGAUUGGAGUUGGCCUAGUCUUCUCUAUUUUUUCCAUGAUUUGCGCAGCUCUUGUUGAAAUCCGACGUUUGAAAUCUGCACAAGACCACGGGUUGGUAAACAAGCCAUACGAAGUGGUCCCAUUGAGCGUGUUCUGGCUUGUACCGCAGUUCUUUUUCGUUGGUGCCGGUGAAGCUUUCACCUACAUUGGCCAACUUGACUUCUUCCUAAGGGAGUGCCCUAAGGGAAUGAAGACUAUGAGUACAGGGCUGUUUUUAACAACACUUUCUCUAGGGUUUUUCGUUAGCUCAGCCCUUGUUACCGUGGUGCACAACAUUACCGGUAACAAGCACCCAUGGAUAGCCGAUAACUUAAACCAAGGAAGGCUUGACUAUUUCUACUGGUUACUUGUAGGUUUGAGCGUGGUAAACUUGUUUGUGUAUUUGGUAUUUGCCAAGUGGUACGUGUACAAGGAGACAUGGCUAGCUGAGGAGGGGUACAAAAUUGAAGAAGAAGACGGUCCAACUUGUCAUUAACAAAAAUAAUAUUAGUAGCUAAUGUCAUGCCUAAAAGGGAUGGCAAAAGUUAUUAGCAGCACAUAUUUUUUGCACGCUUUUUAAUUUAUAAUUUCGGGGUAAGAUUUUUAGAGGUGUGCGCUUGCUUCUUGUAAUAUAAGAAAACAACAGAAAUCAUACUUGAACUACCAAGUUUGCUUUUGUAAAGGGAAACUUUUGCUGUGUAGAAUAGGUGGCCAUGCAACAACAACCAUAAAAAAAGGCGCACCAAAAAGUAAUGGUAGAUAAUAUAUGUUCGUGAAAGGUGGGAUGGUAUGCAAUGUAACAAUUAAUAAAGCUUUUUUGUUGCAAAUAAGCAGUGAAGUCGAUCUAUCUGCUGGAAGUCUCUAUUUGAUAUAUUUUGUACUUUUGGGGAAAAUGAUAUUUCACAAGUGCAAUGCAAAUUUGAGGCCCUUAUUUCCCAUGUCAAAUUCUUGUGAUGAUAAUAAAAUUAAAUAUCAACAAUUGUGCUUUUAAA